GGAUCAAGACGAUCAACGGGUCGACUCGAGUCACAUGACCCCUACGUCAUCUCUCCGCGACACCGCAGCUUGUCAUUGCAGUGCGAGAUGGCGUCGCAAUCUGAAAACACGGCUGCAGCAGACGCAGAACUGGAUGAAUUAUUGGACAGUGCACUGGAUGACUUUGAGAAGACGAAUGCUCCUCUUGAAGCCCCCAGUGCAGAAGCGAAGACGGGGCAGAAGCCACCUCUGCUGGAGGACAGUCAGUUCUUCGAGUCUCUGUUUGAAGGAGAGAUGGCUCACCAGGCGAAGGAGGAGUGGGAGAGAGCGAUGGCUGAGCUUGCACAGGAAGAACCCGAGCUGAUCGAGCAGUUCCACAAACUGUCCGAGGCUGCCGGGAAAGUGGGUACUGAUGCAGCUUCUCAGCAAGAAUUCGCUUCCUGCCUCAAAGACACGCUGAGCGGUUUGGCCAAAAACGCAGAUAAUCUGCAGGCCACCGGAUUGGCCGGAGAGGAUCUGGCUAAAACAUUAGAAGGGCUGGGAUUGGAGGAGAAUAGUGAAGGGGGUGGAGAAGAUGGAAAUAUCCUCCCCAUCAUGCAGUCCAUCAUGCAGAACCUUCUGUCCAAAGACGUGCUGUAUCCAUCACUCAAGGAGAUCACAGAGAAGUACCCUGAGUGGUUGCACAGUAACAGACAGUCGCUCUCGGCUGAGGACGUCCAGAGGUACGAGCAGCAGCACAGGAUCAUGGGAGAAAUCUGCAGCCAGUUUGAGAGCGACGGAGAUGCACAGAGCAGCUUUGAGAACAUUCUGGAGCUCAUGCAGAAGCUGCAGGAUUUGGGUCACCCCCCGAAGGAAUUGGCUGGAGAAGCGCCCCCUGGUCUGAACUUUGACCCGGAGUCUCUUCAUCUUCCUGGAGUAGCAGGGGCGGAGCAGUGCUCGAUCAUGUGACCCCAGUGAGGCGGAGAUGUUAGCAGUAUAAAGAUGAUACAAUGUUGAUAGUGUGUGUGUGUGUGUGUGUGUGUGUGUGUACAGACUAAUUAACAUGAAAUACUGCCUUUAAUUAGACAGAAUAAUAAUUCACCUCACAUUAGUCAGUUUACACAAUAAAAUCGGUUACUUAUUUUAGCUAAGGUUACUGUUACUAGAUGUUUGCUAACAUGUUUGCUAACUUUAGGUAAACUACUGUUGUGUAAUUAAAUGCAAGUAUUUUAUCCAGGUAAAAUUCGCUAUUUUAUGCUAAUCAGUACACGGAGCUGAAUAAACACCUUGUGGUGAUGUCACAUGACCAAGUGAUUUGAUUGGCUGAUGGAAUUUACUAUAAGCUCCGCCCAUGCUGAUGCAGGUACACCUGUCAGUAAUGUACUAUAAUAGAUAGAAAAAUCUGAUCGUUAUUCCAUCUAACGGUUUUAUAUACAUCAUUCUUCAGAAAAAUGUGUGAUUUUACAACACUAACGGUGAAGCCUUUAAGUGCAGGUGUGUGUGUGUGUGUGUGUGUGUGUGAGAGAGAGAGAAAUUCUAUUCCUUUAAAUGUUAAUAAAAUGUGGUUUAUUCCUCCUGAUGUUUAGAAUGAUUAAAAGUGGUGUGUGUGUUUAA